CAAAAGUUGAAAAGAAAAGUUGGGACGAAGAGAAAACCUCGUGUUAUCCAUACGAAUGCGCGCUUCCUGCGCACACAUCGCCUUCACUUCAAUCUGGUGGGAAAUCAGAAGAACACUUGAGAGAGAGAAGUGAAAAUCAUUCUGCAGCCACACUCGGUAGAUAACUUGUUGAAUGAGUUCGUCCCAGGAUCAGAUUUACGCGAUGCCGCUUGUGGCAAAGAAGCACAACUGACAGGAGAUCAAGCGACGACAUCUGACAGCCACUGACUUAUGAGGAGUGUCACUCCUCUCUUCUCAUCUCCUUUGACCGUUAGUUGACCCUGUCAUCAACUCUUCUGAAGGAGCUCACUUGUUGACACACCUCAUCAACCAGGCAGAAGAGGCAGCAAUCAAAGACAAAAUAACCGAAUGGGGGCUAAUCGUCGCCUGGAGCUGCUGACACAGAAGUAGCAACAUGCUGCCACAGUUUCCAAAUCCUCCACUGCACCGUUCAAUUUAGAAAACUCUCAGUCAUUGUGUUGUUGCUGUGACGAAGCAGCAGCUGUAAAGUCAAAACAAGAAGAAGAAUUCCUCAGAAGUCCUCCAGAACGAAACCAGCGAUGCUUUGGCACGUAUUGUUCGCGCUGCAAGCCGUCUGCACCAGCGUGGCACUCACCAUGCAACAUUACCCAGCAGCCUGGGGACACUAUGACGUGUGCAAGUCCCAGAUCUAUACAGAGGAGGGCCUGGCAUGGGACUACAUGGCCUGUCAACCGGAAGCCACCGACAUGACAAAGUACCUGCGAGUGGCCCUCGACCCCCCAAAUAUCACGUGUGGAGAUCCGCCAGAAACGUACUGCGCUUUGGAAAACCCUUACAUGUGCAACAAUGAAUGUGACGCUACCACCGAGGAGCUGGCUCACCCUCCUGAGUUGAUGUUUGACUUUGAGGGUCGCAACCCCACAACCUUUUGGCAAUCCACCUCCUGGAAGAAGUACCCAAAGCCCCUGCAGGUCAACAUCACGCUGUCAUGGAACAAGACCGUUGAGCUGACGGAUGACAUCGUCCUGACCUUCGAGUCCGGCCGACCGGAGCAGAUGGUCCUGGAGAAGUCGCUCGACUACGGCCGGACCUGGACCCCGUACCAGUUCUACGCCACCGACUGCCUGGAUGCGUUCACCAUGGAACCCAAGACAGUGAGUGACCUCACCCAGCGCACCCUGCUGGAUAUCAUCUGCACUGAGGACUACUCCAGAGGCUACGUGUGGAAGAACGACAAGACGGUACGCUUUGAAAUCAAGGACCGCUUUGCCCUGUUCGCCGGCCCUCGACUACACAACAUGGCCUCUCUGUACGGCCAACUGGAUACCACCAAGAACCUGCGGGACUUCUUCACCAUCACCGAUCUGAGGAUUAAGCUGCUGAAGCCAGCCACUGGAGCCACCAUGGUGGAUGAGAACAACCUGUCCAGAUAUUUCUACGCCAUCUCUGACAUCAAGGUGCAGGGCAGAUGCAAGUGCAACCUGCAUGCCAACAGCUGUGUGUUUGACAAGGGGAAGCUGGGCUGCGAGUGCGAACACAACACCACGGGGCCAGACUGCAGCCGCUGCAAGAGGCACUACCACGGAAGAGCCUGGAGUGUGGGCUCCUACCUCCCCAUACCCAAAGGAACUGCAAAUAUAUGUAUUCCCAGCAGUCAUGGACCAGUGCAUCGAGCAAAUGCCUCAUCUCUUGGUGUUGCAAAUCGUAACCAAGCUCGAGUGUGUGACAACGCGAUGCUGCGCUGUCAGAACGGCGGCACGUGCCACCACCAUCAGCGGUGCCAUUGUUCCCCUGGCUUCACGGGCGUCCUGUGCGAGAGAGUUCGCUGCCAGGGCCCCGGGGAGUGUGAUGACCAAUUGUCUGGACGGGCCACUUUCCAUCAUCCACUGAUCGGCUGCCACGUCGCUCUCACCGCCAUAGUCCUCCCACUACUGAUUGUUUCCCUUUGCUGAGGGACCUGACGGGCCUCCCAUCCUCAACCAAACCCUAAGACCACAUAUGAUGAGACUGAACUCUCAACAUUAAGGACAUUAAGGACGAGAGACGUGUGAGCAACGUGCUCGGCAUAAGCAACUCUUUUGUAUACCCACAGCUGUGGUUGUCAGUGUUACCAACAGGUCGAGCGCCGAUCUGUUGUGCUGAACGAUAGAUGGAUCUGUGAAAGGCUUGGUGAAGUCACCGCUGUCUAUCGCUGUCACGGAGGAAACGGGUGGGGGCCUCACUUUGUGGUUAUGUCAUUGGCUGAUGAAUCUCAUUAGAGGCAGAUGGGAGACUCAGAUGCAGCGACACACACUCUGAGAGCAAACUGUACAAAACUAGACACACGAUUUCUAAGUAUCAUCUGAAGUGAUAAAAAAAUAAAAUAAUACUGUGGACGGGGACAUCUUAAAACAUCUUGCCUCGCUGCCUCCUUCCUUACUUGCCGUCUUCUAUGUUCUCCCUCCCUCCCUUCCUCACCUCCUCCCUCCUCACUUCCUCUCUCCUGUGCUUUGGUGACUCUGGUGAUUUUUAUUUGCUGAAGGGUGUCAGUUGUUUUUUGCCAAAUGCUGCACAUGUAUUAUUAUCAAGCCCCUUGACAAAAUACCAAUGUAGUACUUUUUUCUUUCUCAGAAGCUUUGUAGUCAUGCUUGAGCUCACCUGUACGGGAAAAAAAAAAAAGUUGUAACAUACUGUAACUGUAUUUAAUUUUUGUAUAAAAACAGAUAUUUUCAUGACUACGCAAAGUGAAAAAGAUGUAUUACUUGUUUUCUAUUGCUGCCGACCUGUCCUAGAUGUGGACUAUGAGUAUAAGGAGUUUGGUUGUAUCAUUUCUUUGCUUGUGUGGCACAUGGCUUUCCUCAAAUGAGAGCUGCUGUCAAAACUAUGUUUACAUACACACGUACACAAUACACUUCCACCAAAGGGAAAAAGAAAAUCAUGUCUGUGUCUUGUUGUUGAACAGUAGUAAUUUUAUUAUGUAGUGACAUGACAUACGAGAAAAGAUGUGUAGAGUGAAACCGUGUAUUGUUUGCAGAUGAGUACAAGCCAAUGACAACAGCUGAAUGUCAUUUUAAAGGCUUUUUUUGAAACGCCAAUCCUUGACCAACCCAUUGGAGCAUCAUUUGCCAGAAACAAUAUAUCAGUAGACAAAUAACUGGGUGGAUGACUAAAGUUGUUUUUUUACUAAUGUGCUGUAAUCCAUCCUUCUUGUGCUCGUGAAACGUGGAGGAUGCAGCAGAAUCUCAACCCAAAAUCUCAUUAGCUUUAUGUGAAUUCAACAAGGGGAAAAAAUGGAGAUUGCACGGCUGUCUCAGAGGUUGUCCAGCUCAAAUCUGUAAUCAGAUCUAAUCCCUGAAUCAAAUGGGAAGAGGGGAAGGUUCUCCGAGCUGGUUGAGGUUGAAAGCCUGCAUCCUGCUGCGGGAGCCUCCGCCAGGCGACACGUUCAGAAAAUGAGCUUUAAUUCACGGAGGAUCAAUGAUUAGAAAUGAAGUCGCAUCCCACUGGGUGACAUAUUGAGCACUGAGACCAAUUUCAUUUGAGAGAUUAAUUUUCCUCCCGAGGUUGUCAUGAAACUCCUAAUUGUGUUAGAGUCUACUGUAAGUGCCUCUCAU